AUGAGGCAAAAGCGGCAGCAGAGAAAGGAAGCCAAGGCACGUAGAAAGGCAAGAAAGAACAAAGUACCUGUCCAUGUAAUAAGUGUUGCCACCACUGAAGAUGAGAAGAUCGUGAAGAAAUCUCAAGUCAGUUCAUCCUCUGACGACGAGACCAGUGAAACAGAGUCCUCGAGUUCCGAAGAGUCGUCCGACUCUGAGGAUUCCUCUUCAGAUUCUGACGAAGAUUCUUCCACUUCUGAUGAGUCUUCUAGUUCAGACGACUCGUCCAGUUCAAGUGACAGCGAAUCAUCUUCUGACAGCGAUAGUUCUGAGAGCGAUUCAAGCUCAGAAUCAGAUCCCCAUCGGAAUGACAAACGUAAACCUAAGAGAACUAGGUGA